CCAUGGUUUAGUUCGUUUUCCAGCCUCGUACCGUGUGUGUUGUUGUUGAGCCACUCUGACUGUGUGUUGUUGAGAGAUUCAAAGUCAAUUUUCCUAGCUCUUUUUUUCCCCUCUUCGGUGGAGAUUUUCCCGUUUUCAUUUGUUUUUUUUUCUCCUUUCGCGUGUCGAGUCGCGGUCGCAGUGUUGUACCAGCCGGCAGCAGAAGAAGCAGCAGCAGCAGCCAGCCAGCAAUUUUCUUCGCAGUUUUUCCGUUUUCGUCUUCGAUCAACGUUCUUCCCCGUGAGAGAAAGAGAAUCUUCCAGCAGAACAAAACAAAACCAGUGUGAACAGCGCAAAAAAAUCGAUACCAGCCAAGUUUAGCGCGUUUGAAGAGCGUUGUUGUAAAGUGUGACACACAGAGUCCGGUCGAAUCCGCUGUUCGGCCCCCCCUCCAUCGGAGCAUUUUUCCUCGUGUUCCCCGUCCACAAAAAGCCGUCAAAAUUGCCGGAAUGGCCACAUACGCCGCUUUCAAGCACGUCGAGCUGUACAAUGUCGGAAACGCCAAAAAGAGAGUUCUGAAGCCUCCAGGUGGCGGAAGCAGCGAUCUGUUCGGCGCCGACAACCAACCCCAGACUCCACGCAGCAUGAACAAGAACCGAAUGCAGUCCAACAUCUUCGCCGUGCCGGAGGGCCAGCGGGCCGGAAACGUAUUUCGACAAGGCGCUCACAGAUAUUACUUUCUCGGUGAAACCCCACGCCGCGCCGCCAACGGCCAGGACUCGCACAACCGCCUGUUCGGUGAGGUUGACCGCCCGUACACGCCGGCCAAGAACCACAUGAAGAGCAACCUGCCGAUCGGCGCCGGUGGCGGUGACCAGCCCGACUCAAACGGCAAGUCGGCGGCGACCAACGGGCACUCGAACGGACACUCGGCGGCCAAGACCAACGGUCACCAGAACGGAAACGGCAACCACGCCAACGGACACUCGAACGGACACAGCAACGGUACUUCUUCUUCCUCCACGAAUGGCCACAGCAACGGUACUUCCUCGGCGGCACCAUCCCAGAACGGAUCCACUCACAACUUCCUGAGGAGAUUAAGUAACGAAGACGCGACUCCGACGGAUUCCGCUCCGUACUCGUACCAGAACUUGGGUGGCCAGCAGACCACGGCGGCCGCAGGUCUCUCGUCGGCCUCGCUGUCCGGGCUGCUCGGGUCGCCAGCACGCCACCAGUUCUACCCGAGCGGGGAAGCGCUGAAUCCGACGUACGCGUCCAACAUUAAUCUCUGCAUCAGUGACGACAUCAUAAUCAGUGUGACCGAUCAUGACGAAGAGACGGCGGCGACGACGACGACGACCAGUGAUGCCAGCUACAACCAGCAUCAGCUACAACUAUUCAACACUACGUCGUCGCCCAAAUCGACCUCGUCCGGUGGGUCCACCUCGACGCCCCGCUCGCCCCGAUUUGCCCAGCGGAACCCGGUCACCGGCAACGGUGUCGAGGACUACGCCGACAAGCCGCGCAAGCCCAGCUCCCGGCGCGGAGGUAACCCAGAGAACGGCAACCCGGUGACCGGCGAAGGCUACAAAUCUGGCGGUGCAGCGGAGAUCAACACGACCAUCCCGUCGCUGAACGGCAGCGGCCACGUCAUCAACAAGAACCGCAUCCCCCCGGGCGGCUUCUCGUCGGGACUGUGGUAAACGGACCAUCCGACACAGGCACAUUUGACGAGAGAGAGAGAGAGCAGAAGAAGAAGCAGAAGCCAAUCCAAUAACUCCAGAAACAUUCACUCACCGGCCGCCCGUUUGAAAGAAAGACAAAAAUGUCCGGCUGUUUGCCCGGACACACACACGUCCAUCCGAAACCGAAACUUUGUCAAUGCAAAUGCAGCACAUCAUCAUUUGUAGAAAAAAGACCGAUUUUUGUUCCGGUUGUGUAUAAUGUGUGUAUAAUGCUAUUAUUCUCAAAACAACACACAAAAUUACACACGUGAAUGCGCGCAGUGUAGUAGAUGCAUUUGGGCAACCAAGAGAGACAAAAAUUAAAUAAUGUAAGACGCGUUAACGAAAAAAAAAAGAAUUACCUUUUUCUGUGUAGAAUAGAGGAACAAUAAAAAGCAAACAUAAAAGCAGACAUAUGUAAAACAAUGCUUUCUCCCUUGGGGAAAGUAAAUCUCUUUAGAUUCCUGUUUGAAUUUUUGGGAGAUUGCCGAGAGAAAUUCUGAAGUAAAACAAAAUGUUGAAAACGAAACACACUCGAGCAAGAGAAACGAUAAGAAAAAGAUGUAAGAAGAAACGAAAAUCUUGAUGAAACGCAAGCAAAUAUAUUUAUCGGACUGUUUGCGGUUACGAGCAAGUAUUUACUGACGAGCAACACCACUAUUAACAGGAGCAAAACGCCGAUAUCGAUGUCGAGUGAAGGCGAGAACACAUCAAAUCAAACUUAUUAACAAUGUUGAGAGUAAUUAAUUAACUUAUCACGUACACACACAAUUACUACAGCAAAAUCAACAUUAAAAAACACACACACGUACAUAUUUAGAGUGCAUCCGAUUGAGGAUUAAAUUAUUACUAAUCGAUAAACAAUCGUGCAUAGUUGCUGAGCGGAGAAAGAGAGUCAACAGUUGAAAAGCAAACACAACAAUAUAUUAGUUUUCCAAAACCAUUUAUUUUCCAGUGUUUGUGAGAUUGUGACCCAACUCACUCAACCGUGUAGUAUUUUGCCUCCCAGCAGCGUUUUGAGUGUCUUUUUUUCGUGCCCAUCAUCGUAUACGUAUAUUUGCUUGAGAUCGAUCUGUGAAACCGUAAUUUUGAUUAAAUUAAUCAGGAAAGUCUAAAUUGAGUACGCGAUCACAAAUCUACUCUUUCUAUAUGUAUUUUUUUUUUUGUUUUUGCUUGCUAUCAGUUUAUUACCCACAUUUAUAUCAGAAACCAUUUACGCAUAUACUCGUCAUAUAAAAAUAUUGUAUUUGUAUACACGACUUCGGAAAGGAUACGAAUGCAGCAAGGCCGCAAGAAACAGAACUUCUUUCCAACUCUCUUUAAUUCCCCCCCCCCCCCCAAACUUUCGCCCUCUUAUCACCCCUAUUUUUCUUUUGAUGAUUUUUAUAAAAUUAUUAAAUACUGUCCUUUUUCACGAUCUGUCUCUGAGAAAAAAAAAUGUAUAGAAGUGAUUCAAAACUACCCCGAAAAAACUGAUUGAAAGUGGCCUCAAAAACUAAGAAUGAAGUAGUUUAGUGUAGUUUCGAACAAAAGUAUCCCCACUUAUCUGUUGUGCGAAAAGAGAUCAAGAAAAAGUGGAGCGCGAGUCAAAAUUGAUUGUGAAGGUUGGAAAGGAGUACCGAACGAAGGCGAAAAGAAUUUACAGAUACACAACAGAGAGAGAGAGAGAAAGAGAACGCGAGAGAGCGAGAAAAUAAUAGCGAUGUCGAUACAUUCUAUAUAUUUCCAUUACACUUUGAAACAUAUAAUGAAAAAAAAAAA